CUUGAGCUUGAAUGAACCACCUUGCCAAUUCCCUCCAUUCCUGCCAUUCAAGGCCAUAAUGGCUCCAUCAAAUCAUGGCUCGGACGGCCAUUAUGAGCCGGAAGAUGCGAUUGGUGCCACCAUCAAAACCACCGCCAUAACCUUCGGUGCUGGAGGUCUCCUGGCCGCCGCCCAAACAUCCCUUACGAAGCAGAAUAUCGGCGCGUUCGGUAUCUUCACACGAUACGGCAACACCGUUGCCAUGUUCACUGUCGGUGGAGCGUCAUAUCAAUUCGUCAAAUCCGUCUCCGCCAACCUACGACAGAAGAAAGAUCAUUGGAACAACGCACUGGGAGGAUUCGCUGCUGGUGCUGCUGUCGGUGCUUUCAGGAGAACCAUCCCCGCCAUUAUCGGAAGCGCCACCGCUUCCGCAGUCUGGAUGGGCGGGUACGAGUAUCUGACAGGAGGGAACCUUUUCAAUCCACAACCCCUCGGCGAGGCGAUCGAUCGAGAGGAAGAUCAGGUUGAGAAAUACAACAAGAUCAUGAACAAUUACCGGAGGCCGAUUGAGGAGACGAUCUCCGAGCUGGGAGAGGGUAGAGGUAUCAAAGCUCCCGGGUAUGAGGAGCGAAGACGACAGAGGAUAAAGGAGCGGUACGGCGUGGACAUCGACCCGGUUCCUGUACAAUAGAUCGCUCAAUGAAUGGAAUAUUGGCAGACUCCUGCCGAUAUGAGAGCCUUUCAUGGCCUCACGCUGGGCAUUGCUGAAUUGCCCGGUUGUACGAGCUGAUCGGCCCUAAGCCGAGCCUUUUGGGUGCUGCAGGUAGCGGCCAGGCCUCGGAACAUGGCAUGGCGUCUUGGGACCUGGCAUAUGAAUUGUACAUACAGAGUUAAGAACAUGCAGAUUCGAAGUCUUGUUCGUGAUGCCAAACUACAUCGUUGCCAUCUUCUUCGGCGAAAGU